CUUCAGUUAGCCAUGGCUGCUCUCCUGCUCCCCCAAAAGUUUUACCUACAAAGUAACUCGAGAAAAUGAGCGCGUCUUCGAACCAGAGGACUUUGUUUCAGACAUGGGGUGCAUCCGCCCCCCCAAACAACGUUGUUCGGCCUCAGAAAGAAGGGAAGAAAACCGCUGGACGGCGCAAAGCGACCCAAAGCGCCACAGUUCGGAGACCUUCAGCUCCUAAUUCACUGUGGCCUGAGCUCGGCUCUUCUGAACCACCGGACGCUCCCACAGAGAAAGGUCAUCCAACACAAACCCCUAAACCUGAUGCUUAUGAAGAGGAAGACGACGACCUCAUGGUGAUCGCUGUCACUGAAGCCGAAUCGAACCUCCAACAUGAUAAUGGCAGCUCAUUUCAAAAGGGGAGACCCAUGUCUCCCACUCCUUCACCGGGGACGAUCACUUAUCCAGACUUCCCUGGUUUUGACAGCUCCUCUGCGGCAGUGUGGAUUUAUCCCACCAACUAUCCACUCCGGGAGUACCAGCUCAACAUAUCGAAGGCUGCCUUGUUUCAAAACACACUAGUGUGCCUCCCCACAGGUCUGGGCAAGACGUUCAUCGCUGCAGUUGUCAUGUACAACUUCUAUCGUUGGUAUCCGUCCGGGAAAAUCGUGUUCAUGGCCCCCACCAAGCCGCUCGUGGCGCAGCAGAUUGAGGCCUGCUACAAAGUGAUGGGCAUUCCUCAGGGCCACAUGGCUGAACUGACUGGCAGCACGGCGGCCAACCGCAGGCAGGAAGUGUGGCGGUCCAAGCGCGUGUUCUUCCUCACGCCGCAGGUGAUGAUGAAUGAUCUGUCCAGAGACACCUGUCCGGCCAGGCAGGUCAAAUGUCUGGUGAUCGAUGAGGCCCACAAGGCGCUGGGCAACCACGCCUACUGCCAGGUGAUCAGACAGCUCAGCAGUCAGACUCUGCAGUUCCGCGUGCUCGCCCUUAGCGCCACUCCAGGAGGAGACAUAAAAUCGGUGCAGUGUGUGGUCGACAAUCUACUCAUCGCUCACAUUGAGCUGCGCUCGGAGGAAAGCCCGGACAUCCUGGCCCACACGCACCAACGCAGUGUCGAGAAAAUGGUGGUGCCACUGGGGGAGGCGCUGGCUGCCCACCAGGCUCGCUAUUUGCAGGUGCUGGAGAAGUUCAUGUCUCGUCUGGUCCACAACAGAGUAAUGGCGCACAAGGAUCUACAGAGUCUUUCCAAGUACCAGCUCAUCCUUGCCAGGGACCAGUUCCGAAAGAACCCGCCAAUCCACAUCAAGGGACCACAGCAGGGAGUCCUGGAGGGAGACUUUGCCCUUUGUAUUAGUAUGUAUCACGGCUACGAGCUGCUCAUGCAGAUGGGACUCAGGUCGCUCUUCUUUUACGUCCAGGGGAUCAUGGAUGGUUCCAGAGAAAUGUCUCGGGCGAGGAAUGAGCUGCAAAGAACUCCCACCUUCAUGGAGCUUUAUCAUGAGAUGGAGGCAAAGUUUGGGAAGCAACCUGGCGCAGAUGAGGCCUUCAUUUAUGGACACCCCAAGCUGCAGAAACUAGAGGAAGUAGUGUUGCAACACUUCCAACGGUUGGCACAGCGCCCGUCAGACAAUAACGGUUCGGAUGCAAAGGAAGUGAGCACACGGGUGAUGAUCUUUUCCUCGUUCCGUGACAGCGUGCAGGAGAUAGCCAGCAUGCUGGACCGCCACAGGCCGCUGAUCAGGGUCAUGACGUUCAUGGGGCAAGCGUCUGCGGGGAAAGGAGUCAAAGGUUUCACCCAGAAGGAGCAAUUGGAGGUUGUGAACAGGUUCCGUCAGGGCGGCUUCAACACGCUGGUGUCGACCUGCGUUGGGGAGGAAGGGUUGGACAUCGGCGAGGUUGACCUCAUUGUCUGCUUCGACGCGCAGAAGAAUCCCAUUCGCCUCGUGCAGCGCAUGGGCCGCACCGGGCGCAAGAGGCAAGGACGCAUUGUGGUCAUCCUGGCCGAGGGACGGGAAGAGAGGACAUACAACCAGAGCCAGAGCAACAAACGCAGCCUGUUGAAGUCUAUCCUGGGCAACAAAAGUGGCUUCCACAUGUAUCCCAACAAUCCCCGCAUGCUACCCGACUGCAUAACACCCACACUGCAUAAGAUGCACAUUACCUGUGGCCAGUUUGAUCACAAGGAAAGCAACACACGGUCUUCAAGGGGUCGCCGGUCGCACGCCCAGAGUCGGGCGUCACUCAUCCAUCCACAAAACCUCAUUUCUCGGGAGGGUGCUGCGUCAGGAGGCUUUUUGAGCAGCACAGAGUAUUCUGUGUGGGCAUCCACCAUGAGGCUUGCAGAAGAUGAAGCUCAACCAAUCUUAAGGCAGUCAUCAUGCUUCAUGUCCCUACCACAUGACGAAACAGCUCAGGAUGAUGUUCCCAGAGGUGGAACACCCGUCAGAGAGCUUUCUCUCUGGGAAUGGAGGCACUGGCAGCAUCGAGCGCUUCCGACCCAUGUCGUCGAUCACUCCCUGCGCUGCCAGCAUUUCACAAAGGUGAUGCAGCUCGUAGACGGCAUGCGAGAGGAACACGAGGAGGACUGUUCUUACGAGCGGGAACUAGCUCCAUAUCUCAAUAAAGCUGAUGCCUGUGGGUUUUUAAAGACGGUAAAGAAAAACACAAGCUCAAAACCUGUCAAGCAAUCAGUUUCUGGGUUGGAAACCCAAAGAAGUGAUGACCAAGCAAAGAAUGCACAAGAACAAUUUUUUAAACCGAACCCUCAUGCACAUCUCUCCGUUGAACCUCAGUUGGAGAAUGACGAGCCUGCUAUUGUUAUUGAAGAUGUCGUAACAGUUGAUUACCCCGACCCUGAGGAGGUGGUGAUCAGUAGGGACAAUGAGGAAGACGUUGAACUUCAGGCCAUGUUUUAUCUCCCCAAAUGGAAUUCCCGUCCCCCCACUUCUGGCAUCCCGGGAAGAGACGGGAACCUUGAAGCCAUCUUGGCCAAUGUGGUCGAGCUCCUGUCCCGAUCACCGCCGCCUCUUGCAGAUUUAGACGUCUUUAUGGCUGACUCGACGCGCCCUCCUCUUCCUGAUCCUCCUCAGUUCCACGUCAGCUUCACCUUGGAUGUCGACGACGACGAUGACGAUAACGAUGACGAUGAAGUGAAAGCGACCGAUUCUGAUCACGGAUGUUCUGACACGAUGUUCAAUGUGUCUCCAGGAGAUAAGGAGGGAUUCCACCACGAACUGCCGUCUGUCAAAAGUCCAACCUGGGAUGAGGUCUUUGACGAUAAAGGGGAAAAUAAAGAUAGCGAAUCUGAAAACCACGAGCAACCUGUUGGUGAAAGGAAGGAAACAGCGGUGGACUCGAACGCCAAUGCGCAAUCCGCAUUGGAUGCCCACCAGGUGGAAGACAGCAUAGACCUGUUUGAUGACGACGACGCCUUCCUGCAGCUCACCAUCCCAGAUGUCCAUACCCCGGAAGGGGAUGUCACGCCGCGGACUUCCCCCAGAGUGGAGGCCAUUACUAACAGAACCCUGGACAUGUUGGCUCACUUACCAACAUCUGACGCAGGAAUAAAAAAGACUGCGGCGUCACUUAGUAGUGCAACAAUGUCAAAGCAAAAAGGGAAUGAGUCUCCCACGUUGUCAAAAAGUGGAAAGUCGUUUGAUGGUUUGGACUUUGUUGUCAACUUCGACCUGGGCUAUUCCAUGGAGGACUCAGAAGAGGAAGACGACGCCGUGUCAUUGAACACCGCCCUUCCGCGGCCUCAGAACCAGGCGCCGUUGCCACGCUCAUCCAAUCCAUCCACACCUUAUAGCUUUCACAGCCCCGCUGGACCUUCACACUCCAACCAGUCCAGGUUUUCCACACCCGUGAGACUCCCGGGGCGGAAGUGGGCUCAUCCGGUGUCACUGUUGACGUCAAAGUCAGGCCCGCUGCCGUCACCGGUGGCCUCGCCGAGCGCUGCCGGGCCCGCUGCAAUUGGCCUCUCUCUCAGUAUUCUGAAACGAAGACGACGGGAAGAUGGCCCAAAGUCACCAGUGGAAACUCGGGACGAGCGUCCCAUUGUGUCCGAUUCUGAACAAGCGGCGUGCAGCGUAGACAGCGAUGAUGAUGUCGUCCAUAAGAAAAGACUUGUGAAGAAGGUCAACCCUUUGUCGUCUCCAGAGGCAGCGUCCACGAUCCUCUCUGAUGCAGACUCACCGAUUGUGAGGAGGAAACGCGUGACUGCACUUAACACAUCCGGAGAAACCGAAGCUGACGAAGACGACGAUUUCCAGGCCGACCGUGGACUCGCACGCAAAAGGACGAUACAACCAGUCCACCAAAUCAACACUAAGCGCACUAAUUGUCGAAAGGUGCGUCAGUUCCUGGACGACCAAGCGGUGCUGUCAGACGACGAGGGAGGCGCGGUGGUUUCGUCUGACGAGGAGGACGGAGAAGAGCAGAACUGUUCUCUUGAGGGCUUCGUGGUGGACAAUGCACACUUGUCUCAGGGACUGAAUGAGUCCGAGAUGCAGGGGAUAUACUUGAAGUCUUUAAGGAGCCCGACUCUCCGUGGAAGGUUUAAAAUGUCUUACAGAAACCGUCACAACACUGACAUCUUCUCCCAGGUGCCCGAGCAGGACGAAAGCUACAAAGAGGACAGUUUUGUGGUGGGAAGCCAAGAGGAGGAGGAGGAAAAGGAGGAAGAGGAGAGCUCUGAAGAAGACUUGGUGCUGAUGCCGGAAGACUCGUACGUGGACGGCAGGCGGCAAUACGCCACGCGACGCCAUGUCUUCUUGCGCAAAGCCAGAGCAAAAAACGGCACUCCCGGAGGAUGUCGAGCCAAGCCGAGGAACAAGCGUGGUCGGGUUCUCCGCUUGGUAGAUUCAAGCGAAGAUGAGGAGCAGGCAGAUGUUUCGGACACAUCAAAUCAACAGAAAACAUCAUCCUCUUCCGUCACUUCCGAGGUGUCAUUGCUCAGCAGGAGACUGAGGGAAGAACAGCAACAAGAGAGGUGUCGCCAGAGGAUAGAAAAUCAACAUGCACUUUCUGACCAGCUGGAUUUUGACACGUCAGACUCACAUGCUAAGAAACAGCCUCAGGAACCUCCGACCACCAUCCCGGAUCCUGACGGAGCCGGCCCGUCCGUCGCGGAGAGUCCGGUGUGCAUCGUCGUGGACAGUCGCUGCCUCGCCGGCGGCGUGGAACUUGUGACCGGCCUGCGCCAGCGCCACGGCGCCACCGUCCACGUGUGCUCGUUGGACGGCGGCUACUUCAUUGUCAGCGCCCGCACGGCCGUGGAGAGGCACCCCGAGUCGGAGCUGGCGUCCCUGCAGAACCGCAAGCGGCUGGCGGAGAGAGUGAGCAGCUUGCAGGAGCGCUUUGAGCGCGUUUGUUUCAUUGUGGAGAAAGACAGAACCAAGCCAGGUGAUGCAUCCCGUCCUUUCCAGCGCACCCACUGCUACGACAGCACCCUGGUGGCAUUGGUGCGGAUCGGCGUGCGCCUGCUGUGGAGCGACGACCCCGCGCAGAGCGCCGCCCUGCUGGUCGAGCUGGCGCAACUGGAGCGGCGCAAGGGGCAGGCGUUCGCACCGCCCUCCUCGGAAGUGAGCGGCCAGCGCUGGCAGCAGGCCCUGCAGCUCUACUUGAGCAUCCCCGCCGUCAACUACGUCCACGCGCUUAACCUGAGCCGCCACUUCGGUUGCGUCGCCCAGUUCAUCAACAGCUCGGUUGAAAGCAUAGCGCAAGGAGGCGGCAUGAGCGCAGCCAGGGCCGAGCAGGUCUACCACUUCCUCCGAUACAAUUGCGACACCUCCCUCGUGGAAAACGCAGGCAACCCGCGCGAGACGGGAGGGGGAGGCGGACGCCGGGAGUGCAAACGCCGACGCGUGUUUGUCCUUUUUAAGGCGGUCCAAUCGUGUGUCCGGGAGCAAGGCAACUCCCCUGGCCAGCACCGGCCGCCCCUCGGUCGCAUUGGCUGCGGCCGGCGAGCAGCGUCCGCCCGACUUCGAAUCGCGAGCGCCGUCCAAGAAUCAACAUUGUUAUCGCUGCGGACGUCAUCGGGACACUAUAAGCGGUGCAAUGGAUAUGGGAGGAACCGGAUUGCCCAGAGAAAAACCGCGCAGGCACGGAAUGAACAUGCAAACUCCACACAAGAGGAGGGGGUCAGAAUUUGAGUCCGAACUUUCCGUCCCCACUGGCAGCCUGUGUGACGACUGUACCUAAUGUAGUGUCUGCUUAUCAUCGUCUUCCAAGAAGAAGGUCAAAUACAUGAAGGAGACGUCCACUUCUACGUUACCGCCGUACUUCCGGUGCUCCUCCACAGUGUCUUUCCCCCCCGAAAAUGCAUACUUGUUGAUCUGUG